AUGACUACCUUUAGUGCCAAUGACAUCCGUUUAAUGUUCAACAAACUAGACCGAAAUGGUGAUGAUACCGUGAGCAUUGACGAGCUACAAUGGCUUCUUGGCUCUAUGAAACUUGGUUCAAGUCCAAAAGAGCUUGAGUGUGUUGCCGGCAAAAAGAAUCUCAACUUCGAUGAGUUUAAAAACUUGUUUGAUAGUAUAUGCCUACAAGAGGCACAUGACUCGGAGAAUGAUCUGUUGAAGUCUUUUGAAGUGUUUGAUAAGAACCGUGAUGGCUUCAUUUCUUGUGAUGAGUUGUGUAAUGCAUUGUCAAUCUUGGGAUUAAUCGACGAACGUGACGGAAUAGAUGUCAAUAUGAUUAUCAAAGCUUAUGAUUUGAACUCCGAUGGCUUAUUGGAUUUAGACGAGUUCAAGAGAAUGAUGUUGUGA